UAAAAAAAAUCAAAAAGAAGAAAUAAACCAGAACGUCAACGUCAUGAAACGGAGAGAGAUAUGGUAAAAUUUCUGGUGGUUUAUAAAUGAGGCCACGUAGAGAUGCUGAUAAAUGCUUCAAGAAGCUGCAGCUUCAGAGCCAAAGCUUCUUUUUAUUACAGAGCCAAAACGGUCGAAGUUAUAAACAGCGACUGUCGCUUUGGGGUUUGAUCGUAAAAACAAUCGCGAUGACCGGGCAAUCUCGGAAAUGGAUGAUUCUGGUGGCGACCAUUUGGAUUCAGGCUUUCACUGGUACCAACUUCGAUUUCUCUGCUUACUCUUCGUCUUUGAAAUCGGUGCUCGGAAUUUCUCAGGUUCAGCUUAAUUAUUUGGCUGUGGCUUCUGAUAUGGGAAAGGUUUUCGGAUGGUCUUCGGGGUUGGCUUUGAUGUAUUUUCCUCUUUGGGUUGUGCUUUUCAUGGCGGCUUUUAUGGGUUUUAUUGGAUAUGGAAUUCAAUGGCUCGUCAUUACCCAAAUCAUUUCCCUUCCUUAUUACCUGGUGUUUGCUCUGUGUCUGCUGGCCGGCUGUAGCAUAUGCUGGUUCAACACGGUUUGUUUUGUCCUCUGCAUCAAGAAUUUCCCAUCCAAUCAACCUCUUGCAAUAUCCCUUACAGUAAGCUUCAAUGGAGUAAGUGCAGCCUUAUACACUCUUGCUGCCAAUGCAAUUAACUCCUCAUCUACUGCACUCUAUCUCAUCUUAAAUGCCAUCGUUCCUCUUCUCAUUGCUAUAGUGGCCUUAGUACCUAUUCUCCGCCAACCAUCCCUCGAUCCUCUCCCGCCUGAUGCAGUGCGCCGAGACUCCUUCAUCUUCCUUCUUCUCAAUAUCUUAGCUGUUCUAACUGGCAUUUACCUCCUUCUCUUUGGUUCAACCACUUCAGAUGCAACAACAGCUCGUAUACUCUUCGGUGGAGCCAUUUUCCUCCUCGUUUUCCCUUUGUGUAUUCCCGGUGUUGUCUAUGCCCGUGAUUGGUUUCACCGUACUAUCCAUUCUAGCUUCAGCUUGGAUGCCUCUGGCUUCAUUCUCGUUGAUGCUGAUGAUCUUGAACUUCACAAAGAGCUACUUACACGCGAGGCUGGUAAUCAUGGAAAUGGAUCUGCUCACUUGAGUGAGAAUGGAUCAGCAUAUGGAGUAGUCAGGCAGAAAAGUGCAUUAAGUAAAGGGUGUUGUGAACCAGUGGUGGGUAGGGAUCAGUUGGCAAUGCUAGGGGAAGAACACUCAGCUAGAUUGCUUGUACGCAGACUCGAUUUUUGGCUAUACUACAUUGCAUAUUUUUGUGGUGGAACAAUUGGCCUUGUUUACAGCAACAAUCUAGGACAGAUAGCACAGUCAUUGGGACAAAGUUCGAAAACUACAACGCUUGUUACUCUUUAUUCAUCAUUCUCCUUCUUUGGUCGGUUGCUUUCAGCUGCACCAGAUUACAUUCGUGCGAAGUUUUACUUUGCAAGGACAGGAUGGUUAACCGUUGCACUUGUGCCAACCCCAAUUGCCUUCUUCUUACUUGCUGCAUCAGGCAGUGUUGUAGCACUGCAUACAGGCACUGCAUUAAUCGGGUUGAGCUCCGGCUUCAUAUUCGCUGCCGCUGUCUCAAUUACUUCAGAGCUGUUUGGACCAAACAGUGUAGGUGUCAACCACAACAUUCUCAUCACAAACAUCCCAUUAGGUUCACUUGUCUAUGGUCUUCUUGCUGCAAUAGUUUAUGAUUCUCAUAUAAGUUCAGGCAUUAGGAGUGUGCUGUCAGAUGCAGUUUGCAUGGGAAGGGACUGCUAUUUAUUGACAUUUGUGUGGUGGGGAUGCAUGUCUGUUCUAGGGUUAGUUUCAAGUCUGUUCUUAUUCUUAAGAACCAGACAUGCCUAUGACCAUUUUGAACACAACCGUACUACCCAAUUGUAUUAAUGAUAGCUUGCCACUGGCUGAUCAAUGGUGGGGUAGGUACAAAGUAAACAAUUGAGAAGCAUUUACCUAUACUAAUGUUCUAAUUUAUUCCUGUAUUCAAGCUACAAGAAAAGGUCUGCUCCUAUAAGUAACCUGUAAAACACAGAGAGAGAGAGAGAGAGAGAGAGAGAGAGAGAGGUUUUUCUCUGGCUGAUAUUUUGACUCUUAAUUUAUAAUCAAUGAAUGAAGCAUUUCAGCUUGUAGAUUUAGCAAUA